AUUAGAAUUUGAAAAACAAAAAACUUGGCUUAAUAUUCGACUGGAAUAUAGUCGCAGUCAGCUUACGAAAAAACUGCAUAAGGUCAAUGCGUUAAAAAAAGACAUCCAGAAAAGAAGAGAAGACAUCGAUAACCUAAAGAAGGCUGAAGAAAACUGUCGGCAAAUCCUGGAUGAACUCAUGGCAAAGCAGCAGCAACUUAAAGACGUAAUUAUCACUCAGAAUUCCAACAUUGACACAGUUCAAACUCAAAUUGAAGAGGAACGGAAGAAGUUUUUGGCUGUUGAAAGCUCUACAGGAUGGAUCUGUGUUUCUUACCUACAUAUUAGUUACCCAAAAGAAAACAGAAUUACAGCUAUUGGAGUUAAGAACGUUUUGCACAGUGAUGUGCAGGCUCUACAAUCCGAUCAAGAAGUCAAGGCCCACCUUAGAUCCCUACUGCAGCAAAUAGCAUCCCAGGAAGAUGUUCUGUGCAAGACAGCAGCUCCAAACCAACGAGCCCAAGAGAACUUGAAGACUCUCAGACACAAGUUUCAAGAAUACACAGAUGCUUUUGAGGCCAUCACAAAGGAAGCCAGAAUGCGUAGGCAGGAGUUUGAACAGGUGAAAAAAAGGAGAUACGAUCUUUUCAGCCGGUGUUUUGAGCACGUGUCAACCUCAGUUGAUCAAGUCUACAAGAAGCUCUGUGGAAACAACAGUGCACAAGCAUUUCUUAUGGCGGAGAACUCUGAAGAACCUUACUUGGAGGGAAUUAGCUAUAGCUGCGUGGCCCCAGGGAAACGGUUUAUGCUGAUGGACGAUUUGUCACGGGGAGAAAAGUGCGUGGCAGCUUUGGCUCUCCUGUUUGCUGUGCACAGUUUUCAGCCUGCUCCAUUGUUUGUUUUAAAUGAAGUGGAUGCAGCUCUGGACAAUACUAACAUUGGCAAAGUAUCAAGUUACAUCAAAGAGCAGAGUCAAGAACAGUUUCAGAUGAUAGUCAUCUCCUCAAAAGAAGAGUUCUUUUCCAAAGCUGACUCAGUAAUAGGCAUCUGUCCAGAGUAUGAGGACUGCAUGUUCAGCCGAGUUUUGACCCUAGAUCUUUCUCAGUAUCCAGACACUGAAGACCAAGAGACCAGCAAGAGACAUGGAGAGUCCCAUGAGAAAGUAGAGUGCCCUUGAGCACCUGCCAGCUGGAAGAGCAAACAGGACAGUCCUGUAGUGGUCAGGUUAAUCAUUGUUUAGUUCCCACUCUAAUACUCAAACAGCUAUUGAAUAACAAACUUCUGGAGCAAGCAGGACCAACCUAGUGUGCCGUUUAAGAAAACAUCUUAGUUGAUCUAGCUAGAGGCUGUGAGCUCACUUCAUUUAUGGAGUGUUCAGGCCCCACUGUAGUAGGGAAAGUUUUCUAUGAGAGUUAACA